CUUGUGCACAUCUGGUUUUGGCAGGGUCGCAGAGUUGCGGGGGAGGGACUAUUUCAGUGUGUGUGUGUGUGUGUGUGUGUGUGUGUGUGUGUGAGCGAGCACGGUCUGCGCCUGAACUCUGUAAUUCGCAGCAGAUGACCACUUGAGGGGAUGGAGGCUUUAUUGGGGUGGUGAGCGCUCUCUCAGACAGCAUCAGAGCGCACUGCAAAAAUUAAUUUGCUUUCUAGGAGAUGCUGCUAAGUGAUGAAGCCGCGUGCUUGAUGUGUACAGCACUUUUCUCUCCACUUCUCGGAGCCACAAGUGGAUUAUGGACAAGUCGAUCUCCAGCGUGAGAGAGGAGAGGGGCGACUGCACCUGAACAACACAAAGCGAAUGCCGCAUCACUCUCUGGCUGUGCCAGCCGCGCAGUGGGAAUGGAUACCGGCAAUUUCCUCGCGGGGAUAUGCUUUUUCCUGCUGUCGCUCAAUGGGCUCGCCUCUUCCUCACCGGCGACAAGCUUUUGUCCCGACCGCUGUGACUGUCAGCACCCGCAGCACCUCAUGUGCACCAACCGCGGGUUGCGCACCGUGCCCAAACCCGCCGCGCGGGUGUCCGAGGAGGUGCUGAUCUUCAGCCUUGGGGGUAACUUCAUUAGUAACAUCUCUGCCUUCGAUUUCACACGGUACAGUAACCUCGUGCGGUUGAAUUUACAGUACAAUCAAAUACAAAAUAUUCACCCAAAAGCAUUUGAGAAACUCUCCAGGUUGGAGGAGCUGUAUUUGGGACAUAAUCUUUUAUCAAAUAUCCCCGCUGGGACUUUACAGUCCCUGAAGAAAUUAACUAUUCUCUGUGGAAAUAAUAAUGACAUUAAGAAAAUCACACCGGAGCUCUUUGCCAACUUGGAUACUCUUGUUAAACUGCGUCUGGAUGGCAACUCAAUAGAAUCUCUGCAGGACUCUGUUUUUAAAAGUUUGACCGGCCUACAUUAUCUGCACCUGGAAUCCAACAAACUGCAGCACAUUCACAGAAACGCUUUCUCCAAACUCACCAACCUGCGCUUUCUAAACCUGGCGCACAACAAGCAGUCAGCCGUGCGCAAUGCCCUCACUUUCUCCCAACUCAAAGCUCUGACAACUCUACUGCUGUCUGAGAAUGAAAUUCAGUACGUCGGGAACCACGUCUUCCAAAAUCUGAAAAAGCUGUCCAGACUGUCCCUCAGCAACAACAGGAUCUCUCGUCUGGAAAGCGAGGCUCUCAGGGGGCUGUCGAGCCUCAGAGAACUUCUGAUUGACGGCAACGAGCUGGAGGAAAUCCCCGCCGGUCUCCUGGACUCUCUGGAGCGCAUCGAGGAGCUGGACUUCAGUCGCAACCGGAUUUCCAGUGUGGACUCUUUGGCUUUUAAGCAACUUAAACAUCUGAGGGUGCUGAAGCUGAAGAACAACAUGCUCACCAGCCUGUCCGGGGACAUUUUUGCCCUCAACAACGUGCUUUACGACCUGGAUCUCCACGGCAACAACUGGACGUGCGACUGUCGCCUGGAGGAGCUGAAAAGAUGGAUGACUGCUGCGCGUUCUCAGGGCAAACUGUUAACUGUUUUUGUAAAGUGUCAUCACCCAGCAACUCUGAGGGGGAAAUAUCUGGACUAUGUGAACAGCUCCCAGCUGCAGCCCCUCGGGAACUGGACCCACUUGUGCAGGAGCCAAGCUGGGCCUGAGGAGAGCAGGGGAGGUGGGGUGUUGGUAAAGGUUGGGGGGAAAGAGGGAGGAACUGCGGAUAUAAUAAAUCAGGAGGGGAGAGGUGAAGAAGGCCAGGUGGAGGAGGCAGAAGGUGUAGAUUUGAGACAGGGCAGCAGGGAUGGAGUCACAAUGAGGAAUGGGGGAGAGAAAAGGAAGAGAGAGGGACAGGUGGAGGUGGAAAUCCAGGGAGACCAAGGGGGUCUAGAGAUGGCAGAAGCCUCCUCUCUGCAAAGGAAGAAACCAAAGAAAGAGUCACUCAGUCCAAGAUCACAACCUGCUGCUGAGGCUGCUGGGAAACGUGCCAAAGGUAGACGAAGGUCAAAUGUCAUUUCCAAAACUGAUCCAGCACCUACUUCCACUCAAGGUCUUGCUGGAAACCAGGACAGAAGCUCCACUGAUCCAAACAUAGGGUUCACCACCACUUCUUCAGUCCAGUCAGGAGAAAAGUUCGACCUUCUGAGGUCAGAUCAGGAGGCUCUACCUGUAAUCACAGAUCCUUGUGUGUUCAACCGCCAUUUUAUCACUAAUGUUUCAGUGGAUCAAGUGACAUCUAGUACUGUCACCAUCUACUGGACCACCAGGGAUCAUCACCGCUACACACCAGGAUCUGGACCUGGCCUAGAUGAAGUCCACUACAGGAUUCUGUUCGACCGUUUUGGCACUCCAGAACGUUUCCCCCGCUAUGUUUACGCUCGUGGCACAGCUCGCUCUGUAACCCUUAGAGAACUCAGCUCAGAUGUGACCUACAUGGUCUGCGUGGAGGGAGUAGUAGGAGGAUCUGUGUGUCAAGUUGCACCCCGUGACCACUGCGCAGGGCUCGUCACUCUCCCGGAGGGACUCAGCCGUGGAGGCCUGCUGACCUCUGACCUCCAGCUGGUGACGGUGGCCACACUGGCUGGGAACGCUGUGCUGCUGCUGGUCAUUGGCGGGGUCUGGCUGGGGCGGAGCCUGAAAAGGAGGCUGCAGAGGAGGAAGACGGCCGUGCAUGUGAGGCACAUGUACUCCACCAGGCGACCGUUCCGUCCCACCGUGGCGACUGCAUCAGUGUCCGCUGACUUCACCAGCUACCAAAGCAGCCGCCCAGCCCGACUUGCACCACUAGAGGAAGGGGACCUCAUUGAGUUCCCUUGCGACCGCUUUCUGGACACGAACAGUGUUCACAGAGACAGUGACAUGCAGAGAUUCACUGACUAGAGCUACACCAUGAAAACUCUAACAAUGUUGACAUGUGUAUUGCUUGUGCUGCAAAACACAAAGUCCCCUCUCCUGACGCACCACUAUCAUAUUAAACACACAGGUGUGUUUGUUGCUGUGAUCAAACCAAGUCAACAAUCCCACCAUUUUGUGUUUUGGAUUCUUGUCGGACCAUAAGAAUAACUUUAAAAGUGACUUUAGAACAGCUGAGAUCAUCAGUGCCUUUUCAGACAUCAGAGGAAGUCUAAUCCCUCUCACGUCCUCUUCCUGCUUUGUGCCUUUCCUCUUUCAUUUCCUUGCACCUGCGAGUGCUCUUAAAAGUGUGAUUUGUGUGUGUGUGUGUGUGUGUGUGUGUGUGUGUGUGUGUUUUCACAUCAAUGAUUGAUCACUGAUUUCAACCAUGGUGCUAAUGUUGAGUUCAGAGACAUCAUAUUGUCUCAUGUUUGUACAGCGUGUAAUGAUGGCUGCUGGUUGGCAGGAAAAAAAACAAUGACACUUGUUUUGUAUCAUGUCAUCUAUCAUGUUUUAUACUUUUUUAUAUAAAAUUCUGCAUUACAUGAAGAAGUAAAAUCCCCAACAAUGUGACUGAUUUGUCAUUGGAGUCUUUAUGGAUGAUUUACCUUUAUAGUAGAUGUUACUGUAUCUGUGGCUUUAAAAUAUCGGUUACAUAAGCCACUAGGAAUGUUAAGCACAAGGGGAUUAUAUUUCUUGAGAUAGGGGGAAUAUAUACAUUUAUAGAAAUAAGGAUUACUUGAAUCAGCCUUUUGAACCCGGGGCUGUGUUUUGCUCCGCUUACACACCAUAUAUGCCUCAGCUAAGCCGGACAGAUAUUAAUUUCAGGACUGCAGGGCUGCUCAGAAAUCAUUUGGCAUGUGAGUGGUACGAUACAUGUUUCAGGAUAUUUUUAAAACCAGAAUGGGUCACUUGUUAUUGACCGGCAAUAUCAGCUCUAACAUAUUCCUCAUAUUUUUAUCUAUGGAGCAAUUAAUGAGUUUUCUUUCCCUGCUGCAACUGAUUUCUGGUGCUUUAGAGGGAGAAAUAAACAAUGUGUGAGGGUGGGGAAGAUAAUAGCAAUAAUAUGUUAGACGAGCAAAUGUGUGUGUGUGCAUCCGUGCUUUUGCAUGCGUGUCAAGAUGAGGUCUGGUAAUAGUUAAGCAGUCCCUUUGUUUGAGUAGACAGGGUGGGGUGCCUCCCACACUCACUCCAAAUCAGGCACAUACGCACAAAGACACAUGGACACACACACAUGGAUGCACAAUUCCAUGGAUGCAAAGUAUAUUCACAUCACUAGGCGCUCCAGAUGUCAGAACGAAAAGCUUUUGACAUAAAGACAUGUUAAGACUGUGCGUUAAAGAGUUUACAGUUGGAAAAUUAAGUCCUUAAGUUUGGAGCGCUUUCCUUUACUGAUGGUGGAUAUAAUCAAACAAAUUAAACAUUUAAAUGAAUUCAUAAAGACUAUUUUUAAAUGUGUCUUUGUGUAUUAGAUAUGAUUGUACUGGCAAAACAUAAAACAGGCUGUGAUCUUUGCUGACCACUCCAGUUGUUACAGUCGACUACCACUAACACAACCAGUCACUAGAU